CGUUUCCACGAGAGACUGCAAUCGGACACAUUUUACAUUCACUAGAGUCUACCCAGAGAACACCAUAAGGUCAUUUAUGUUUUGACAAUUAUGAUUGCUAUCUUGUUAUCCAACACUUCAAAUGGAUAAUUGCUUAUCAACAAUGCCUUGUUUGAAUUGCAAUUGUAAACAGUGUUAUUGUGAGCUUUAAAAUUAAAUGUUGCACAGCUUGAGACAGUAGUGAGGUGAUUGCGAAACUCAAACUAAACCACGCCUCAAAUCAGCAGUUUUCAUAAACACCUGCAAGUGGCUGCUAGAGCUUACUGCGUAGUGCGUCUCCAAACGCCGCAGUCCACUAGUUUUCAAACAAACUUUAACGUUGGCGCAGUUUAAAUAUCUUACAGGCCGUAGUAGACAUCGAUCACAAAUAAUUUGCCGUGUCUUUUUUUUGUGUGUAAGUUUAUUUAUUUUAGAACUUAUUUGUGCAUCUGCUUUCUAUGAUGUCUUCUAACUGUAACACCGGCAAAGGUAUAAACUGCCCAGUGCCAAGUCGCUUUGAGCGGUCAAAAGACUGGUCUCAGCUGGCGGACUCCUACAGUCAGACGCCCGGAGGCACCCUGUUCUCCACGACGCCUGGAGGAACCAGGAUCAUCUAUGACAGAAAGUUCCUGCUGGAAUGUCGGAAUUCACCGAUCGCACGCACCCCUCCGUGCUGCCUCCCCCAUAUCCCAGGGGUCACUGCGCCGGCCCUGCACCCUCUGGGCAAGCUGAAGGAGAUGGACGAGAACAAACACAUCUCAGCUGACGAUGCCCAGUUUGUGAUUGACAUCUGAACCUACUCAUCCAGACCAAUUCUGUUGGAGAAAUUGUAUUCCGUUCAGACCACUGGGUGGUCUCUACUGGUCACACUCACUUUAGAUUCCCUCCUGUCUAAUCCUGGUGGAUGAUUAAUGAACCAUCAAUUGCUCAGAGAGUUGAUCUCUUAGGCUGGAGGAAGAAUUCUGGGUAAAUGUAGGAAGGGCGGCUGCAGUCAGUCGCUACCUGGGCAGAGGAGGGUAACAUAUUGUUUUGCUGCUUUUUAUAUUGAUGUACUUUUUUCUUUUGCACACUUGGUACUUUCUGUUUUUACAGGAUUAAUUAAUUUAUCAUUUGAGUUUUAUUCAUGGGAACUAAUAUUUUGAAGUUGCAUUUUUAUAACGUGGUGUGUGGGUUGGCAGCUGAUUACAAGGGAUCCAGAGAUUACUUCAGUUCAUCUCUGGGCUCUUUGACAGUGUGCUGUUCCGCUGCAGAGAAAAUAAAUUAAAUAAAACGGAAAUAAAUAAAGUUAUAAAGGGU